UUGUAGUUCUUCUUAUGUGUUUCUAAUCAUCUAUAGCAUUCCAUUCUGUGCCGGCCCCUCAGUCUGCAUUCUGUCUUCUUUGCAAGAUCUCAGAGGGUGUUCUGCUGCCUCCUUGUUUGCUGCAAAUAUGAACGUCACGCCAACCACAGAAGAUUACUGGGACUAUGAAUAUGAGGACAAUUACACCACGUCCCACGAAAAGAGCAGGUCUGAUGCAGCCCCAUGCUUUCAGGAGGACAUCUAUGGGUUUGCACAGAAGUACUCCCCUGUUGCAUACUGCCUGGUGUUCCUCCUGGCUCUUGUGGGCAACGUGCUAGUGCUGUGCGUGAUCCGCCGCUACCGAAACUCACAGAGCGGCGGCGCCUGCGCCUUCUCCCUCACCGACACCUUCCUCCUCCACCUGGCCAUUUCUGACCUCCUUCUCGCCUUCACCUUGCCCCUGUUCGCGGUGCAGUGGGCUCACCAGUGGGUGUUUGGCUUGGCUGCUUGCAAGAUCUCUGGUGCCCUCUUCUCCCUGAACCGCUACAGUGGCAUCCUCUUUCUGGCCUGCAUCAGCUUUGACCGAUACCUGGCCAUCGUUCACGCCGUCAGCUCCGGCUGGAAGCGCAACACCUGCCAUGCUCAAAUUGCGUGUGCCAUCAUCUGGGUGGGCUGCCUGGGCCUGAGUGGGGUGGACAUUACCUUCAAGCACGUAGCUUCUGUCAACACUGUGGGCAAGCACCAGCCGCUCCUGUGUGUGAUGUGGUUCCCUGAUAACUCCACACAGUGGAUGGUGGGCCUGCAGCUGGUCAGUGUUAUCCUGGGGUUUGGGCUCCCUCUGUUGAUCAUGCUCUACUGCUACAUCCGCAUCUUCAGGUCUCUGUGCAAUGCCACUCGCCGCCAAAAGCGCAAGUCUCUCCGCCUCAUCAUCUCCCUGGUGUCUGUGUUUGUCAUCUGCUGGGCACCGUACAACUGCUUCCAGCUGGCAGACAGCCUGCACAGGUUGGGCGCGGUGGCUGGAGACUGCCAGUUCAGCCACGCAGUCGACAUCGGGACUCUGAUCACUGAAAGCGUGGGGCUGUCGCACUGCGCCCUGAACCCUCUGCUGUAUGGUUUCGUGGGGGUGAAGUUCAGGAGGGAGCUGACAAGAAUGUGUAAGGGGCUGCUGGGGCAGAGAGGCUGGCUGGGGAUGGAGGGAUGGAGGCAGAGGAGGCUCAGGAGAACCACUGGCUCUUUCAGUUCUGCAGAGAGCGAAAACACAUCCUUUUCUGUCAUGGCUUGACACUGGUUAGAGAGACAGGAAGAGAAGAGGGGAAUGUGUUGUUGUGUGUGAGAGAUAGAGGUUUAAUGUGUAGUGAAGUGUGAAGUGAAGUCAGAAAAAAGGAAGAACUGAAUGAAAAAUGCAUGUUCAGUUUGAUUAAGACUUAAAUAUGUUCUCAGAUAGAAAGGUUUCCUGCCUGUUUCAGCUACAUCAGGUUGUUGGUAUAGUGCAUUUUACAACACAUUGUUUUCACGAAUACUGUAGUAAAAUUCUGCAAUGAGGGUGGAGCACAGAGUAAAACAAAAUGCAACAUCCUGCAUGCAGAUGCUAUCACGUCAUCUUGUCAUAAGAACUUGUCCAUCGGUCAAAUCCUGAGAAAUAUGUAGAUUUCUUCAUACUUAGAGAAACGCUUGUUCAGCACUUAAGAUGCAGCCUGUGGCUUCAGUAGGUCAGACUCAUUUCUCAUAUCCUCACUCAGUGGGUUUUUCUCAUCAGAUUCCACUUUCAGAUAGUUUGCAGUAAAACAAGUUUCAGCUUAUGAAGCAGUGAAAAUGGUUGUAUAGUUUGAAAAGUUGCCUGUGUUGAAAUUCUUGUUUUUUAACAUUCCAUUUGUUUCACCUUUACAGUUGUCCUACCAGCUGUGUACUUCAAAAAUAUUACUCUACUGCAUUACUACAAAAGAGGAAAUGAACAUUAUCAUUUAAAAAAAAAAAUGUAUGUGUUGUUAAAACCCAACCACUUUGUAAAGCAUUUUUUAAAUAAUAUUUUGUAAUAAAAAUGUCAUGUCUAUUAUG